CGGCAUGACGUCGAGCCGCAUCAAACGCUUCCAUUCAGGCAGGGGCUUUAUUAUGCAGAAAUACCAAAAUGAUUGGCCUGAUAUCAAAAUGAGUGAUCAUAAAUAAUAACGCGAGAGUUUGCAAGUUGCCUGCCGACUGUAGUCACAACUGUCAAAGGCAGCAGCAGCGGAUACGCGCGUGACCCAGCACCCAUACUGUUACUGUACACGGUCGCGGAGAUAAUAUCCCUAUCAAACAAAUACACGGCAUAAUCCCGAGGUAAGGACAGGAAUCGAGGGGCUGCGGCGAAACUGCGCGACGCUGUGCCUUCCCCUCCGCUUUCUUUCCGUCGCGUUCACUUCUUCCACCCUCGAUUACUGCACUAAACAUAUCCCCGUGCCUCCUUUAGCAACAGCGCGAGGGUUUUUUUUUUUUACUCCUCCUUCGUAUUAAAGUCGCCAUUUUGCUUCACUGCCUAUGAAAGCUUCUUGUAUUUUCAUAUUUUUGGCGGCGUUUCCGCGUAUUUGUGCGCGUGCUUUUGAGUUGGAAUUUAACGAGAGAGCUCGUGGAUUACAUAUUAAUGAAGAGGGGCGCCGAGUGCAGUCUGGAAACACGGUGAAAGUGUUCAGCUUGUGGGCAUUUGCAUCAGCUUGCUCUUUUUUUUUCUUCCUCCUCCUUCUUCAUCAUCUCCCUCCGCGGAUACGCACAGCGGGGGCUGUGAGUGUGGCUACCGACCGUAACGCCCGUCUGUCCGCGACCCCCCGCGCGCCAGGUGUGUUUGCCAUGUAAAGUCAAGCGGCGCGACGCGAGAGUAAAGGCUACAGCCUGACCCCACGUGGGUGACCCGCUCUCACCCGCUCACCCGCCAGUGUUGGGUGGCUUUCCAGGCAUGGACACCUCCAGCGGUGCCAGGGUGGUGAAGCCUUCCUCUGGCUUGUCAAAGAGGCGCGCUGCCAAACAGGCCCGCCCUGCCGAGAUGGGCCGAAUGGGCAGCACUGAAAACGACAAUCACGGUUCCUCCUACAAUGAAAAAUCAGAGAGCAAGAAGAAAGGGCGUCCUCGUGUGGAAGUGCAGGAGCUGCGCAUUAUUCCCGCCCAUAUGAUUGUUCAGUGGAAAGAGGAGUUUAAGAGUCGUUCCAGGGUGAAAUGUCCAAGCUCAGGCUGCUGGUUGGAAUUCCCCAGUAUUUACGGACUUAAAUAUCACUAUCAGCGAUGCCAAGGGGCGACCAUGGCAGAGAAGCUGAGUCACAGAUGCCCGUACUGUGAGGCUGUAUUUGCCACCAAGGUGCGUCUUCAGAAGCACAAGCUGUGGAAUCACCCAGAAAGGGUCACCUUGGAGACCAAAUCUGAUCCCAAGCCCGAACCCAAACAGCAGAAAAACCCUGUGAAGGGAAAUGCCAAAAAAAGGCCCAUGGAGAACAGCCCUCCAUCACCCAUAGUUUUCAAGGUGAAGAAGACCCAGGAGGUGUCGCAGCCCUUACAGAAUGGGGAAUGCGCCCCCCAAAGGCCAUAUAGAAGACAGCAGCACAGCUCCCAGCAGCAGGGGACGUCCUUGGACACAGGGGGCAGUGAGAGUGAGGGGGGCAGUCUGCCCCCACCCUUUCCUGAGGAGGACCCUGAGAGAAUGAAGCACAGGAGGAAGCAGAAAACUCCAAAGAAGUUCACCGGGGAGCAGCCGUCUAUUUCAGGAACAUUCGGUUUGAAAGGAAUGAAUAAGGUGGAGGAGAAGUUAAAAGCAGGUCGGAUGAAGAGGGCGGAAGGCACUUUGUUCACAGAAGAGUCACAGAGGAAGCAGUCGGUUCAAGCUCACACCAGAAAAGAACCUGCUGCCAUCAGUUCAGUGCCCCCUGCUGAAGCCCAGUGGCAGAACACCAUCUCUGAGAGAGGGGAAGUGGUCUGUCCCACCUGCUCUGUUGUCACUCGCAAGACCGUCCCCGGUCUUAAGAAGCACAUGGAGAUCUGUCAAAAGCUGCGGGACGCUCUCAAAUGUAAGCAGUGUCAGAAACAGUUCCGAUCCAAAGCUGGACUCGAUUACCACAGCAUGGCUGACCACACCAAGCCCUCUGCAAGUGAAAAUGUGUCUGGGGAGGAGCAGGAGGAGAGAGAGAGGCUACGCCGCGUCCUCAAACAGAUGGGGCGAAUCAAAUGUCCCAACGAGGGCUGUUCAGCUCAUUUCUCCAGUCUGAUGGGUUAUCAGUAUCAUCAGAAACGCUGUGGCAGAGAGCUGCCAGACACUCAGAAGCCUGUCUUCCUGUGCCAGCACUGUGGAAAGACCUAUCGCUCCAAAGCUGGCCGUGACUACCACCUGCGCACCGAGCACCCUGUCACCGCCCUGUCCACUCACUCGCUCACUUCUGAGGACUGGAAACAGGAAGACAGUAAAGAUGAGGAGGAUGUGCUGGAGGAGGACGAGGAGGAGGAGGAGGAGGAGGAGGAGGAGGAUGAAGAGCCUGAGCUGAAAAAUGCCAGAGGGAAGGCAAAGGAAAGAGUAGAUGAGCAGGUGGAGAAGAUGGAGGAGAGGAAGGAGGAGAAAACAGAGGUAGAGGAGCUGCUGGAUUUGGAGAGGACGCCCAGCGGCAGGGUGCGACGGCGCUCGGCUCAGGUGGCAGUGUUCCACCUGCAGGAGAUCGCAGAGGACGAGCUGGCCAAAGACUGGGGCAACAAACGACGCAUCAAAGACGACCUCGUACCAGACAUCAAAAGGCUAAACUACACACGACCAGGCCUCCCAAACUUCAGCCCUGAAACUGUGGAGACCUGGAAGAAUGAGGUGAAGGAAAAAGGAUUUAUCUGCUGCCCCAAUUGCAACUGUGAGGCUAUUUACUCAAGUGUAUCUGGACUUAAAGCUCACUUGGCAAGCUGUAACAAGGGAGGGGGCGACGUAGGGAAGUACACAUGUUUGCUCUGUCAGAAGGAGUUUAACUCUGAGAGCGGCGUGAAGUAUCAUAUCAGCAAGACACACUCUCAGAAUUGGUUUCGGGCAUCUACCAACGAGGUGGCCAACAACAAGAGAAAAGAGCCAGAGAGUAAUGGCUUACAGAAGGACAUGAAAAACGUAGUGCCUGGGAAGAAGAGAGGACGAAAGCCCAAAGAGCACCACCUGGUGACAGCCUCCUUUCCAGCAGAGACUAAGAGCUUCAGCCCUGCUCCAGCUCCGAUCCCUCCCCAGGUCGUAGCCUCAGCCUCAGAAACCCAAACCCCUGCACCCAACCCCAUCACCAACACCCCAACCACACCUUCUGUCCCAGUGGACAGUGGGAAUCCAGCCCAAACCAGAGACACACCGCCCCCUAUUAAGAAACGAGCCAAACCUAAGAAAGCGCCGACCACUGAGUAACACGGCUUUCACUAUGUCGGCACCAGAAGGGAUGCUUUCCGAACUACACCGGUAAACUUUAUUCAGUUCGGUCACGGAAAUGAAGAAAGACACGGAAGAAAGAGCUCAGAAAGAUGAACGGAAGAACGAGGGGAUGAAAAACAGCAGAAAACAACGAUUUGCUCUUGUAUUGAUUUCACACUGAUCUUUGUGUUUUUUAAGCUGAGUAUAUACAUUAUGUGUGUGCUUGUGUAUACUGAUAUAUAUCACUCCUGUUGGUUUUUCAUUCCAUUUUUAUAGUUUAUUUUAAUAAGUUGUUCACUCUGAAGGGGUCAAUAACAUUUAAGCUCCCAGUUGAUAUCUUUUUUUAGAGCAGAAGUUACAUUUCUACGUAAUUUUUGGGUAGCUACAGUACGUCAACAUGUCCGGUGGUUUCAUAAUGUGUUUGAAUGAUUUUUUUGAAAAGAAUAUCAAACUCAUUCAAUUAGCAUGAUGAGCUAAUUUACUGCAUUUUAUCCCGGUAAUACUCUGCUGUGUAUAUAUAAUAUCUAUAUCUAUAUAUGAAUAUAUUCAAAGCAAUUCAUUUUCGUCCAUCAGUUUCAAACAAGGUGCGGCAAAAAAAGGUUGGUCAUUGUUUAGUUUGCUUUUCCUCAGAUGUGUUUGGGUUUAUUUCGUAAGUGGCAGCUGAAGGAAGGGUUGGAUUUAGAUUGACGGCUGUUGUAACAGUGUGCUACUGUGCAAUAGUGUUGCUUUCGUGGUUUCUUGUCCUGUCUCUUGCUCAGAAUCGUGAGGGGUCUAAGCCCGUAGCCUUGUGUAACUCCUUAUCCCGCAUCCCUUUGGGCUGUUUGCAGUAGUUUGUAGUUUGCUGCAGUUGACCCGGAGGUCUUUGUUAAAACCUUUAAAUGCUUCGAAAAUUGGUAGA